AUGAUCUUUGUAUAUUAUUUCCUAUUUUACCUUUUCUAUUCUUCCACUAUAAACACAUCAGUGUACUUGUAUACAAAGAACAGAUUAAUACAACGCAUUCUACUUCCAAUUUCUUUUGCUUCUCUAAGACCUCUUCGAAGAAGAACGAAGAAGAUGCCGGAGGCAGGACCGACCCACCACCAUGUGAGGGACUACGCAGGCCCUCCGCCGGAGCCGGCUCCUCACCUCGACGUGGCCGAGCUCAAGCUCCCAUACUUCUACAGAGCCGUCGUUGCGGAGUUCACAGCCACUCUCCUCUUCCUCUACGUCACCGUCGCCACUCUCGUCGGCUAUAAGACGCAGACCGGGCCUUGCGACGGCGUCGGCCCCUUAGGCAUCGCCUGGGCCUUCGGCGGCAUGACCUUCGUCCUCGUUUACUGCACGGCCGGAAUAUCCGGCGGGUACAUCAACCCGGCGGUGACGUUGGCGCUAUAUGUGGCAAAGAAAGUGAGCUUCAUCAGGGCAGUGUCGUACAUGAUCGCCCAGUGCUCGGGCGCGGUCUGUGGUGUAGCCUUGGUGAAGGCAUUCAUGAAGAAGCCCUACCACGACUCGCUUGGAGGAGGCGCCAACUCGGUGGCUCCGGGCUACGGCAUGGGCGCGGCUUUGGGUGCCGAGAUCAUCGGCACGUUCGUGCUGGUCUGCACCGUGCUCACGGCCACCGACCCAAAGAGGAGAGCUCGUGACUCUCACGUCCCCGUUUUGGCUCCGUUGACGAUUGCUUUUUCAGUGUUCAUGGUUCACUUGGCCACCACCCCCAUCACCGGCGCCGGCAUCAACCCGGCAAAGAGCUUCGGUACUGCCGUUAUCUACAACAACCAGAAAGUCUGGAAAGACCACUGGAUCUUCUGGCUUGGACCAUUCGCGGGGGCUGUAACAGCAACAGCAUACCAUCAGAUCAUCCUCAAAGUAACUUCCAUCAAGGCCCUCAUAGCAAUCAUCAUCGUCGGCAUCUGUGGCAACCCCACCAACUAA